AAGUUAUUCUCCUGCCUCAGCCUCCCAAGUAGCUGGGAUUACAGGCGCAUGCCACCACGCCCGGCUAAUUUUUGAAUUUUUAGUAGAGACGGGGGUUUCACCAUGUUGACUAGGCUGGUCUUCAACGCCUGACCUCAGGUGAUCCGCCCGCCUCGGCAUCCCAAAGUGCUGGGAUUACAGGCGUGAGCCACCGCGCCCGGCCUUCUCAUAGUCUCUUAGCUUUCUAAAAUUUGAAAAAUCCUGUAAAGACAUACCUGGGCCAAAGGGUUCAGAUAACGGACUGUGGCCCUUAAGUACCUACCUCACAGGUUAUUGAGAGGAUCGAUUUAGUUACCAGAUAUAAAAUGCUGAGAUCAGUGCCCGGCAAAGGAAAACUUUGUACAGCUGCAGGCUUUUACCAUAUACAACAGCAUCGUUAACGAAUGCUAUUACAAUAUUCAUUUAGCAUUUACCAAGUGCCUGCUCUGUACAAAUCUUGAGAAUACAACGUGAAGGUGAACUGCUGACUAAACUUUGGUCCCUUUCGCUCCGGCUCCUUGCGAAAAUGCUCUAACGGCAGGAGGUCACACGAGCGCCGGACGCGAUUCUCCCCGCGAGCCCCUUUCCCGGGCCUUUCGGGUUCUCCCAGUUAUCCCUGCCCAGGCGGUGCUCGCCCCCGCUGUUCCCGCUUCCGGUCCAGAGAGGGAGGGCUUUCCGAGCCCGCUAGCCCCGCGGCCGCAACCAACCUCGGGUCGGAGUGUUCCGGCCCGGCCAGCCCCGCGGCGUGAGGUAAGUGGAGCUCAGCAGUUCCCCGCGCGGGGCCCAGGCAACGGCGGCAGGGCGGGCCCCUCACCGCUAGCGUGCCAGCCCCGCCCCUCCCCACUAUUGUGCCAGCCCCGCCCCUCCCCACCAUUGUGCCAGCCCCGCCCCUCCCCACGUCGCCGCGCGCCCGGGGGCGGGGCCUGGCGCGCACCGCCCGCGCACGGCGAGGCGCCUGUUGAUUGGCCACUGCGGCCCGGGUUCCUCCGGCGGAGCGCGCCUCCCGCCAGGUUUCCCGCCAGCAGGAGCCGCGCGGUAGAUGCGGUGCGUGUAGGCGCUCCGUCCGACAGAUCGGUUGGGCCUUGCCAGCUGUCGCUAUGUCGCGACAGAGCACCCUGUACAGCUUCUUCCCCAAGUCUCCGGCGCUGAGUGAUGCUAACAAGGCCUCGACCAGGGCCUCACGCGAAGGCGGCCGUGCCGCUGCUGCCCCCGGGGCCUCUCCUUCCCCAGGCGGGGAUGCGGCCUGGAGCGAGGCUGGGCCUGGGCCCAGGCCCUUGGCGCGCUCCGCGUCGCCGCCCAAGGCGAAGAACCUCAACGGAGGGCUGCGGAGAUCGGCAGCGCCUGCGGCCCCCACCAGUUGUGACUUCUCACCAGGAGAUUUGGUUUGGGCCAAGAUGGAGGGUUACCCCUGGUGGCCUUGUCUGGUUUACAACCACCCCUUUGAUGGAACAUUCAUCCGCGAGAAAGGGAAAUCAGUCCGUGUUCAUGUACAGUUUUUUGAUGAUAGCCCAACAAGGGGCUGGGUUAGCAAAAGGCUUUUAAAGCCAUAUACAGGUUCAAAAUCAAAGGAAGCCCAGAAGGGAGGUCAUUUUUACAGUGCAAAGCCUGAAAUACUGAGAGCAAUGCAACGUGCAGAUGAAGCCUUAAAUAAAGACAAGAUUAAGAGGCUUGAAUUGGCAGUUUGUGAUGAGCCCUCAGAGCCAGAAGAGGAAGAAGAGAUGGAGGUAGGCACAACUUAUGUAACAGAUAAGAGUGAAGAAGAUAAUGAAAUUGAGAGUGAAGAGGAAGUACAGCCUAAGACACAAGGAUCUAGGCGAAGUAGCCGCCAAAUAAAAAAACGAAGGGUCAUAUCAGACUCUGAGAGUGACAUUGGUGGCUCUGAUGUGGAAUUUAAGCCAGACACUAAGGAGGAAGGAAGCAGUGAUGAAAUAAGCAGUGGAGUGGGGGAUAGUGAGAGUGAAGGCCUGAACAGCCCUGUCAAAGUGGCUCGAAAGCGGAAGAGAAUGGUAACUGGAAAUGGCUCUCUUAAAAGGAAAAGCUCUAGGAAGGAAACGCCCUCAGCCACCAAACGAGCAACUAGCAUUUCAUCAGAAACCAAGAAUACUUUGAGAGCUUUCUCUGCCCCUCAAAAUUCUGAAUCCCAAGCCCACGUUAGUGGAGGUGGUGAUGACAGUAGUCGCCCUACUGUUUGGUAUCAUGAAAGUUUGGAAUGGCUUAAGGAGGAAAAGAGAAGAGAUGAGCACAGGAGGAGGCCUGAUCACCCUGAUUUUGAUGCAUCUACACUCUAUGUGCCUGAGGAUUUCCUCAAUUCUUGUACUCCUGGGAUGAGGAAGUGGUGGCAGAUUAAGUCUCAGAACUUUGAUCUUGUCAUCUGUUACAAGGUGGGGAAAUUUUAUGAGCUGUACCACAUGGAUGCUCUUAUUGGAGUCAGUGAACUGGGGCUGGUAUUCAUGAAAGGCAACUGGGCCCAUUCUGGCUUUCCUGAAAUUGCAUUUGGCCGUUAUUCAGAUUCCCUGGUGCAGAAGGGCUAUAAAGUAGCACGAGUGGAACAGACUGAGACUCCGGAAAUGAUGGAGGCACGAUGUCGAAAGAUGGCACAUAUAUCCAAGUAUGAUAGAGUGGUGAGGAGGGAGAUCUGUAGGAUCAUUACCAAGGGUACACAGACUUACAGUGUGCUGGAAGGUGAUCCCUCUGAGAACUACAGUAAGUAUCUUCUUAGCCUCAAAGAAAAAGAGGAAGAUUCUUCUGGCCAUACUCGUGCAUAUGGUGUGUGCUUUGUUGAUACUUCACUGGGAAAGUUUUUCAUAGGUCAGUUUUCAGAUGAUCGCCAUUGUUCGAGAUUUAGGACUCUAGUGGCACACUAUCCCCCAGUACAGGUCUUAUUUGAAAAAGGAAAUCUCUCAAAGGAAACUAAAACAAUUCUAAAGAGUUCAUUGUCCUCUUCUCUUCAGGAAGGUCUGAUACCCGGCUCCCAGUUUUGGGAUGCAUCCAAAACUUUGAGAACUCUCCUUGAGGAAGGAUAUUUUAGGGAAAAGCUAACCGAUGACAUUGGGGUGAUGUUACCCCAGGUGCUUAAAGGUAUGACUUCAGAGUCUGAUUCCAUUGGGUUGACACCAGGAGAGAAAAGUGAAUUGGCCCUCUCUGCUCUAGGUGGUUGUGUCUUCUACCUCAAAAAAUGCCUUAUUGAUCAGGAGCUUUUAUCAAUGGCUAAUUUUGAAGAAUAUAUUCCCUUGGAUUCUGACACAGUCAGCACUACAAGAUCUGGUGCUAUCUUCACCAAAGCCUAUCAACGAAUGGUGCUAGAUGCAGUGACAUUAAACAACUUGGAGAUUUUUCUGAAUGGAACAAAUGGUUCUACUGAAGGAACCCUACUAGAGAGGGUUGAUACUUGCCACACUCCUUUUGGUAAGCGACUCCUAAAGCAAUGGCUUUGUGCCCCACUCUGUAACCCCUAUGCUAUUAAUGAUCGUCUAGAUGCCAUAGAAGACCUCAUGGUUGUGCCUGACAAAAUCUCCGAAGUUGUAGAGCUUCUAAAGAAGCUUCCAGAUAUUGAGAGACUACUCAGUAAAAUUCAUAAUGUUGGGUCUCCCCUGAAGAGUCAGAACCACCCAGAUAGCAGGGCUAUAAUGUAUGAAGAAACUACAUACAGCAAAAAGAAGAUUAUUGAUUUUCUUUCUGCUCUGGAAGGAUUCAAAGUAAUGUGUAAAGUUAUAGGGAUCAUGGAAGAAGUCGUUGAUGGUUUUAAGUCUAAAAUCCUUAAGCAGGUCAUCUCUCUGCAGACAAAAAAUCCUGAAGGUCGUUUUCCUGAUUUGACUGUAGAAUUGAACCGAUGGGAUACAGCCUUUGACCAUGAAAAGGCUCGAAAGACUGGACUUAUUACUCCCAAAGCAGGCUUUGAUUCUGAUUAUGACCAAGCUCUUGCUGACAUAAGAGAAAAUGAACAGAGCCUCCUGGAAUACCUAGAGAAACAGCGCAACAGAAUUGGCUGCAGGACCAUAGUCUAUUGGGGGAUUGGUAGGAACCGUUACCAGUUGGAAAUUCCUGAGAAUUUCACCACUCGCAAUUUGCCAGAAGAAUACGAACUGAAAUCUACCAAGAAGGGCUGUAAACGAUACUGGACCAAAACUAUUGAGAAGAAGUUGGCUAAUCUCAUAAAUGCUGAAGAACGGAGAGAUGUAUCAUUGAAGGACUGCAUGCGGCGACUGUUCUAUAACUUUGAUAAAAAUUACAAGGACUGGCAGUCUGCUGUAGAGUGUAUCGCAGUGUUGGAUGUCUUACUGUGCCUGGCUAACUAUAGUCGAGGGGGUGAUGGUCCUAUGUGUCGCCCAGUAAUUCUGUUGCCAGAAGAUACCCCACCCUUCUUAGAGCUUAAAGGAUCACGCCAUCCUUGCAUUACGAAGACUUUUUUUGGAGAUGAUUUUAUUCCUAAUGACAUUCUAAUAGGCUGUGAGGAAGAGGAGCAGGAAAAUGGCAAAGCCUAUUGUGUGCUUGUUACUGGACCAAAUAUGGGGGGCAAGUCUACGCUUAUGAGACAGGCUGGCUUAUUAGCUGUAAUGGCCCAGAUGGGUUGUUACGUCCCUGCUGAAGUGUGCAGGCUCACACCAAUUGAUAGAGUGUUUACUAGACUUGGUGCCUCAGACAGAAUAAUGUCAGGUGAAAGUACAUUUUUUGUUGAAUUAAGUGAAACUGCCAGCAUACUCAUGCAUGCAACAGCACAUUCUCUGGUGCUUGUGGAUGAAUUAGGAAGAGGUACUGCAACAUUUGAUGGGACAGCAAUAGCAAAUGCAGUUGUUAAAGAACUUGCUGAGACUAUAAAAUGUCGUACAUUAUUUUCAACUCACUACCAUUCAUUAGUAGAAGAUUAUUCUCAAAAUGUUGCUGUGCGCCUAGGACAUAUGGUAUGUGCAAAUUGUUUUUUUCCACAAAUUUGGUUUUUUGAGAGGGCACUUCUGUUGCUAGCACAUGUAUCGCUAAUAUUUUUCUUUCUUAAGGCAUGCAUGGUAGAAAAUGAAUGUGAAGACCCCAGCCAGGAGACUAUUACCUUCCUCUAUAAAUUCAUUAAGGGAGCUUGUCCUAAAAGCUAUGGCUUUAAUGCAGCAAGGCUUGCUAAUCUCCCAGAGGAAGUUAUUCAAAAGGGACAUAGAAAAGCAAGAGAAUUUGAGAAGAUGAAUCAGUCACUACGAUUAUUUCGGUAACUAUAAUGGAAUUAUAACUGACCUUAAGUUUCAAAAAAAACAAACAGUAAAAGGGGAAGGGAUGAUAUACUAUGAAAAAACAAAAAACAAUUUUUUUUUUUUUUUAAUUUUAAGGGAAGUUUGCCUGGCUAGUGAAAGGUCAACUGUAGAUGCUGAAGCUGUCCAUAAAUUGCUGACUUUGAUUAAGGAAUUAUAGACUACAUUGGAAGCUUUGAGUUGACUUCUGACAAAGGUGGUAAAUUCAGACAACAUUAUGAUCUAAUAAACUUUAUUUUUUAAAAAUGA